GGUGAUCAAUAAUUAAGAGUGACUCACAAACUCGGAAAUCCUGGAACAUUUUACUCUUAAUUCCUGAUAUUUUGAAUUUCAACCCUACUUAUAUAUUUAUAUUUUUUUAUUCUAAUAUCAUAAAAUAGACUGGACUUUGCGUGGGCCACUCGGAUUAGAAGGGGUUAACUGUAAUUUAAUGUGAGAAUAGAAUAGAAUAGAAUCGAAAGAGUUUAUUAUAUCAGAGAAGAAGGUCGAAGCAUGGAGGAGGAGCUGCUGCAGAGGCAUCUAUCGGAAUUAGGGCUGUCCGUUUCAGUUUCGCCGGAGAAAGGCCGUUGUCUUUUCACCACCAAUCAAUUUUCUCCAGGCGAGAUUAUCAUAAGCCAGCAACCUUAUGUUUCUGUGCCAAAAGAUUCAUCGGGUGCCUCAAGAUGUGAAGUCUGUUUUUGCUCUGCUAAACUCAAGAAAUGCUCUGCUUGUCAUUUUGUGUGGUAUUGUGGGAGUACUUGUCAGAAAUCAGAUUGGAUGUUCCAUCGGGUUGAAUGCCAGGCACUCUCAAAGCUUGAAAAGGAAAGGUUAAAGCACCUCACUCCCUCUAUACGCUUGAUGGUUAAGCUUUACUUGAGAAAAAAGCUGCAGGAUGAAAAGGUUAUUCCAACUACUGUGACUGACAACUACAACUUGGUGGAGGCAUUAGUAUCUCAUAUGACUGAGAUUGAUGACAAGCAGCUGGUUUUAUAUGCACAGAUGGCCAACCUUGUUCAUGUGAUACUUCAGUGGCCUGGCCUGAAACUGAAAGAAGUUGCAGAGAACUUUUCCAAGCUUGCUUGCAAUGUACAUAGUAUAUGUGAUUCAGAACUUAGACCUCUGGGUAUAGGACUAUAUCCUGUUAUAUCUAUAAUCAAUCACAGUUGCUUGCCAAAUGCAGUAUUGAUGUUUGAGGGAAAACAAGCUGUGGUUCGUGCAGUGCAACCUAUACCUAAAGGUACUGAGGUACUAAUAAGUUAUAUAGAAACUGCUGGAAGCACCAUGACUCGACAAAAGGCUCUAAAAGAACAGUACUUAUUCAGCUGCUCAUGUCCUCGUUGCAUUAAAUUAGGGCAAUGCGAAGAUAUUCGAGAAAGUUCUAUAUUGGAAGGUUAUGGAUGUGAAAAUAAUGCAUGCAUGGGGUUUUUGCUCAGGGAUUCAGAAAACAAGGCAUUCAUAUGCCAACAAUGUGGACAUGCGAGGAAACUGGAAGAUCUUAGAAAGAUUGCAAGUGAAGUGAAAACCUUUUCUGAAAAGGCUGAGGAAUCCCUGAAAUCGGGAAAUAAUGAAGAAGCUGGUUCUAUGUAUAAGGCAGUUGAAAAGCUACAGAUAAGAUUAUGCCAUCCACUAUCUCUUAAUCUAAUGCGCACACGAGAUCAUCUCUUAAAGGUGUUCAUGGAGCUGAAAAACUGGAAGGAUGCUCUGGAUUAUUGCAGAAUGACUAUUCCUGUGUAUGAAAAGGCUUACCCUGGAUGUCAUCCUAUGCUUGGGUUGCAAUAUUAUACAUGUGGAAAGCUUGAAUGGUUACUUGGUGAAACUGCGAAUUGUGUUAGAUCAUUAACCAAGGCAGUGGAUAUUUUGCGACUGACCCAUGGGACAAAUACACCCUUUAUAAAGGAGCUGCUUUUUAAGCUGGAGGAAGCCCGUGCUGAAGCCUCUUUCAAACUAAAACCUCUUGAUGAAGACUGAAUAUGUCUCCACUGCAAAGAUUAGUACAACGCUUGCCUUCAGAGGAGAUUGGAUUCUGCUAUUCAGUGCUCCAUAGUAGCACAAGCUUUUGUUCUUGCGAUUCUGUAAUUCUGUAUAGGCAGUUGGCAUUGCUUUGCUCCACUUGUAACCUCACUAAUGGCCAAAUGUACAAUUUGAAAUUUUGAUUAUGGUAAUGGGUACUUGAAAUGUCAUUGAUUUAUUUGUACUCGUAGUUCGAAUUAGAGAAGACUUAAUGAUUUGUAAAUGGAGCUAGUUUAUCGGUUUGUCAAGAAAAAUGUAAACUAAUUUUUAACUUGAAAGACAUCAAAGACUGAUGGAGAUGAUAGCGUACAAUGAUUGAUCAUUGAAUUUUCAGUUAUCAGAGUGCUUAUCUCGUCA